AUGGCAAAAACAGAGGCAUCCCUCCUCUCUCCUCCGUCCGAGUUCACGUCGGCCGUCCCGCUCGAUUCCCCGAUUCGUACCACCCCCAUACACCCGGACCUCCCUGAGAUCCAGGUUCCAGGGGAGCCACUGCCUGUUUACAGCUACCACCCGAUUACCUGCCAACCAAUAGAGGACCAAGAUAUCAGCUCGGAGCUCGAGCAACUGCGCCAUGAAUUCCCCACCAAAGAAGCCGCUCUGAGAGCCCAAGAACAGGCCGCCAAAGAAGCGAAACGGAAAAUUGAAGAAGCCGAGAAGAAAAAAGAGCAGGUCCAGAGAGCUAUCGACAAGAAGAACAAGGAACGAGAUACCGAGAUGAAGGUACUGUCGAAAUACCAGGAAGUCAAGGCAUCGGAUAUUCCAUCUUGA